UCCCCCCGCUGCUGGAGAUGCAGGCGGGGUGGGGGGUGAGCCUCAACGAGUGGCGCGCCAAUGGCAACUGCGAUGCCGCUACGGGGCUGACAUGCGACGAGGGCGGGUUCGUCGUGAGCAUGACGCUGACAACGGAGCAGAUGCCUGCAGGGCUGCCAGGGCCCUUCCCCACCGCCAUUGGCAGCCUAACCCACCUCACAGACCUGGCCAUGUAUAACGGUGCUUUCAAUGGGGUUAUACCUGAUACAAUCACAUCCCUCACUGCCCUACAGCGCCUCAUGCUAGCACAGAACAACUUCACAGGCAGCAUUCCCAGCAGCCUCAGUGCGCUGAACAGCCUCGAGUACCUGGCCAUCGGAACCAACCCCCUCUCAGGCUCUCUCCCGGCCGCCCUUGCAUCGCUGCCCCUCCUGCAGUAUCUAGAUGUGAGUGCGGCAAAUCUCAAGGGUCCCAUCCCACCUGCAAUGGGCAACUUGGGUCGGCUGCGCAUGCUGGCUCUGGGCGACAACCAGCUCACGGGCAUCAUCCCUCCGUCCAUCGCUGGCCUCUCUGCCCUCACCCUCCUCAACCUGGCCGGCAACAACCUCACAGGCUCCAUUCCCCCCGCUAUGAGCCUCCUCAAUAAGCUUAGUGUCAUCGAUCUCUCCUACAACCUCCUCUCAGGCCCCAUCCCUGCUGCAGUCCUCAGCGCCCUUCCGAACCUCUCUUCCAUCAACUUGGGCAACAACCAGCUCACGGGGCCCUUUCCUCCGUCACUUGCCAACCAUACGAGUGUCACUUACAUCGGCUUGCAGAACAACCACCUCUCCGGCUCGCUGCCUGCCUCCCUCUCCUCGUUACCCUCCCUCGUCUACCUGUUGUUAGGAACCAACAACAUCACGGGCUCCCUGCCGGACAGCAUUGGAAGCCUCUCGCUUCUCAGCAACCUCGACAUGGGUUACAACCAGCUCUCAGGCCCCUUCCCCUCAGCCAUUGUCAACCUCUCUCGCCUGCGCACGCUGCGCCUGGGGAGGAAUCACAUAGAGGGCAGCCUGCCAUCCAACCUGCACCGCAUGGCCAGCCUUGAGUACCUGUACCUAGCUCAGAAGAACCUCUCUGGGUCCAUCCCUGCAGCAAUCGCCAAUCUCACUGCCCUUUCCUUCCUGGGCUUGGGAGGCAAUCAGCUCUCAGGGCGCAUCCCUCCAGCCAUCACCCGUCUCACCAACUUAUCCGUCCUUGACCUGUCAUACAACAGCCUCAUGGGUCCCAUUCCUGACACCAUAGGCGCUCUCUCCUCGCUCACCAGCCUGAAUGUGAGGCGCAACAACCUCACCGGGUCCAUUCCCAGCUCCCUCGGCACCCUUGCCAAAGCCAUUCUCAUAGACGUGAGUUCCAAUGAGCUUUCGGGGUCCAUUCCUGACUCCAUCACCACCCUCCUCAGCCUCGUGCACAUCGCCAUGGGUCACAACAACCUCACGGGCUCUCUGCCAGCUGGCGUGGGUCGCCUCACCACUCUCAGCCUGCUGGACUUGAGUUACAGCAGCCUGCAGGGGUCGCUCCCUGCAUCGCUUGGCAACCUCACUCUGCUCACAGGCCUCCAAGUGGACAACACAGGGCUGCAGUGCGCCACAGGGGGGUGGUGCGAGCUGAGUCAGCAGACCACGUCGGCAUUCUGCCAGCACUGCUCCUUCUUCUGCUCCAACUGCUCCGUGCAGCCAGCUGAUGUGUGUGCAUCGUUUCAGUUCAACCCCUGUGGAGGGGGUGCCUGUGUCUCCCUCCCCAACGGCACCUACACCUGCCAAUGCCCGCUUGGCAGCACCAUCGGAAACAAUGGCACCAUUGCUCCCACUUGUGUCCCUUGUCCCACAUGCCUCAACU